AUGGGGCAGCGAAUCUCCAGUCCGUCUGGAACCUCCAUGGGUCAAGCCACGCCUAUGCAAUACGGGCCGGUCGCCGGACCUGCUGGCUCGGAUCGCAGAAGCUCCAGCGAGAGCAACGCCGCUUCUUUGACGGACACCGCAGGCCGCAGAUGGUCGCCCUCCUCACCGGCGGGCCAGCACCGAACAUCUGCAGACAGUGCCGAAGGUGGCGGAUUCGUCUUCUCCAUGUUCGAAGAGAAUGACCUAAUCUCUCCACAGGUGUCCCGCCUGCAUGGCCGCACCAUUCCAGAGGAGAAGCAGAGAGCUUUUGACU